AUGGAGGAUGUUGUCUUUACUCUCAACAACAUUCUUGAUGAUAUUACUCGCAUGUAUGCUGAUUCUACUGACUCCAACCACGCGCACUCUGUUAAUUCACCCAGGGUGACGAUGUGUGACCCCCGGGUUGGCUCAAAUGGGGAUCGAUUCGACGAGAAGAUGAACUCCCUAACGCCACCAGACUCUUCAAGACCCCCUCUGAGUAUAAGAAGUGGUGGAGGCUCGGACUCAGAGGACAACCUCAGUCUCUGCUCGGAUAGUCUCGAGUCCUCUCCUACCUCGUCUGGAUUUACGACACCCUCCUUGUCUCCUUCGUCACUCACAUUCGUCACCGACAAGGACACUGUGCAUUUGGAUCAGGCCCCGAGCUUUCCUCUCGCUGAAGCUAACAAAGGUUUGCCACUCGUAACUCCUGGAAAUAUCCUUUCUAGGCCCACUACGCAAGAGCAUUCUUCCCAAGCGGACAGUGAACUGGAGGUACUAGAGACUGAUCCGUCCGAGGUGGCUCCUAUUUUGGCCCUGGAAGUAUCAAAUAUCGGACUAGAGUUCAACUAUAACAAAAAGUCAUGCUUGUGGACUCCUUGCGUGUCUGAUGGUAGUCCAUCUCCUAGCUUGAGCUUUUCGCAGUCUUCAAGACAGCAUGAUGCAGGAAUAAUAUAUCAAACAUGCACAAGGCCCAUGACUCCUGUCACUACUCCUAGAGAUCACAUGCCAGGCGUAUCUCCACCUCAUCUAGCUAAAGCGCCCCGACUCCCACCCCGAUCUCUGCACCCGCGUGAACCCCCGCCACACCUUCCAGCCCUAAGAUCGCAUACACUGCAAUCUGCCCCCAAGCUCCACCAAAACGAAGACUGGAACACGGACUCACGAACGGGCCGAGUCGAGCUCGGGGGUGCCGACCACCUGAUGCGACAGCGUGAAUGGGCAAGGCUGACGAUUACACACGCCUCAUCGCUCGCUGAGCCUAAAGACUUGCCGCCCUACCGGCCCGUGGACAAGUACCUCGCAUGGGGCUCCUACUCGUCCUGUUCGGUCAGUCCUCCGCGCAAACGUAUCCUGGGAGCUAUGGGCCGCCGAGUGCAUAUUGGACCCAGGAUGUUGCCGCGUGGAGACUGGGAUCCUGAGCGCAGAGGAGGUGCUAUUGAUCGCUGGAAUAAUAGGGAGAUUAUGCGCAGGGAGCGUAUGCGGACCUAUGAGGCCGAGCAAGAGCCCAAGCGAGACACUGGAUGUCAGCCCGAGCAAGGAGUGGAACGAGAGGGCAAUGCACCCGCACACUUACUUUCUCAAAGCCGUUUCGUUGAACGAGAGAACGAAGGGGAGAAGGGAAACGAAGGCAAAGCAAUGGAACACGAUGAGAUGCGGUUGUGCGUCAAGAAUGGAAAACGUGUUGCGUCCGGUUCGUUGGAUGAAGCGCUUGCUUCUGGCUCUCGGUCUUUAUCCGAAGGUUCAACGAGUACUGUAUCUUUGCCCGUUUCCGACUCUCUUGUGGACGCCGACUCGGAUACGAUGCGCUGUGGACCCGAUAUUGAUGCGGCAAAUCCUUUGACUGAAGGGGUGCCUGCGGCUCCGGUACAUCUUGACACUGAACUCCCAUAUAUUCCCAAAAAGAAAUCUCCACUCCGCAAGUUCUUGUUGCCUACUUCACCCACUACAGCAAAGUUUCAGCUAUGGACUCCGGGAGACAGUUUGAACGUUGGUAGGGCACGGAGAAAGUUUGCGUCGAUGAUGUUUUGA